AUGGGUCGCGGGUUUGAGCCCCAGCGACGGCGCUAUCUUCAUCACUAUUCCUCGUCCUACUACAAACUAAGAGCACAGCUUAAUAGCUACUUCUAUACUAUCAGUAUCGUAACAUGUGCAUGUGGGAUCACAAUCAAGAGAUUUAAGAGAAGCAUAUUGUUUUCUUUUUUAUCUCACCAUAACAUCCCACUCCCCACCCACCAACACACUCCAUACCCAACUCCUCCCAUCACCCCACUUCCCACCCAUCACCUCACUCCACACCCUCACUCCACACCCACAUCCUCAUCCCACCUAUCACCCCACUCCCCACCCAUCACCUCACUCCACACCCACAUCCUCACUCACACCCCAUUUCCCAUCCACCAUCACACUCCCCACCCACCAUCAAACUCCAAACCUCAUCCUACCCAACCCACCACCACAUUCCACACCCCACACCCCACCUACCACCACACUCCACACCCAACCCCACCAACCAUCGUACUCCACACCCCACCCCACCCCACCCCACCACAUCCCACUACCACACUCUCCAUUCCCCACCCACCUAUACCCCCCACAUCCCACCCCACCAACCACCACACUCCACACUCCACACCCCACACCCCACCAACCAUCACACUCCACAACCAACCCCACCAACCAGCACACUCCACACCCCACACCCCAUCCCAACCACCAUCACACUUCACACCCCAUCCCACCUACCACCACACUCCAUACCACAUCCCACCCACCACCACACUCCACACCCCAUCCCACCCACCACCACACUCCACACCCAACCCCACCUACCACCACACUCAACACCCCACACCCCAUCCCAACCACCAUCACACUUCACACCCCAUCCCACCUACCACCACACUCCAUACCCCAUCCCACCCACCACCACACUCCACACCCCAUCCCACCAACCACCACACUCCACACCCCACACCCCACCCCACCUACCACCAUCAUACUUCACACCCCAUCCCACCCACCACCACAAUCCACACCCCAUCCCACCAACCACCACACUCCACACCCCAACCCUCCACCAUACUCCAUACCCCAUACACCAUCACACUCCACACGCUAUCCCACCCCAUCCACCACCACACUCCACACCUCAUACCCCACACCUAUAACCACUACACUCCACACCUCACCCCACGCCACCCACCACCACACUCCACGCCCCACUCCACCCACCACCAAACUACACACCCCACCCCACCCACCACCACACUACACCCCCCACCCACCAUCACAGGAUAA